CCGCUGCCCCCAGGCACUGCUAUAUUGUGCUCUCACUGCGAGCGUUGCCCAGUUACGCAGACGUAUCACCUCAACGAGUUCGUGCGAUUUAGGCCACAGGGAUUCGCAAGCACGAUGCGUUUUGCACUGCUUGCAUUGCUGAGGGCCUGCACCACUCACGGCCUGGCACUGAACCGCCGGCAGGCCCUGGGAGGCAGUGCCGCGGCAGCGCUUGCCACCGGUGGACCGGCUCUCGCAGCAGGCAAGCCCAUCGCGGUCAUUGGUUCGGGCGGGCGCACGGGAUCGCUGUGCGUCGCGGCCUGCUUGAAGCGCGGUCUCGCAGUGAAAGCGCUGUCGCGCUCGGGCUCGGCGCCGCCGGGCGUCGACGCCGACCCGCUGCUCAGCAUCGCGGCGUGCGACGUCCGCGACCCGAGCACCAUCGACGUGACUGGCGCGGGCGCCGUGAUCUACGCCGCGUCGGGCAGCAAGAAGGGCGGCAGCCCCCACGAGGUCGACAAUCUAGGUGUCGUCAACGCGGCGAAGGCGUGCGUGGCGGCGAAGGUGCCGCGGCUGGUCGUCAUCUCGUCGACGGCUGUGACGCGGCCGCAGUCCCUGGGAUAUAAGUUCACCGACGUGUAUGGUAAGAUUAUGGGCGAGAAGAAGCUCGGCGAGGACGGCGUCUACGCUACGUACGCCGGCUCGGACCUGGCGUACACCAUCAUUCGCCCCGGCGGUCUCGAGGAGCCGAAGGAGAACGUCGUGCAGGGCCCCGGCGCGCUGGAGAUCUCGCAGGUGCGCCGCGGCGUCCUCAUUGUUUCCGCCUCGACGCCAUCGACGCGACCCGUCCGCAGGGAGAUGCGCUGGCCGGCAUAAUCUCGCGCAAAGAUCUGGCCGAGGUCGCGGUGGAGGCGUGCGCGAGCCCGGCCCUGCGGGACGCGACGUUCGAGCUCUACUACACCAAGGGCGCGCAGCCCUGCGAAGGAAAAUUCAAGAAGCUCCUGGCCGACGAGUCCUUCCCGCGGCUCCACGGCGACUCGUACGCCGCGCUCUUCAAGGGCGUCCGCAGGGACGGCGCCUACGACGUCCCCGCGUAACAACAAAUAGG